UCAAUUGGCAUUCAGUCUGAGAUGGGUUAGAUCAAUCUCGGCAGCGGCGCUUCUACUUGUUCUUCGCUCGAUGUUGGCAAUAAAAUGCUCCGAAAAGUACCCACUGGUCUCCCGUCACAUUUAAAUUCUACAUUCAUCAAGAAGUUUAUCAACUUGGGAGAUUUAGAGCGUGCCCGCCAACUGUUCGACGGAAUACCCGAACCAGAUGUGCAGUCUUGGACAUUAUUAAUUUCAGCUUAUACCAAGACUGGAAGAAGUAGAGACGCGACCAAGCUUUACACUGAAGUGAAAAACAGUGGAAAGAUAAGUCUUGAUAAGUUUGUUAUCUUAGCUGCUGCCAAGGCCUGUGCGAUUUCAGGGGAUUUGUCAAAGGCGAAAGAAGUCCACUUUGAUGCUUUGAAGUAUAAGGUUAGCUCGGAUUUGCUUAUAGGGAAUGCUCUGAUUGAUAUGUAUGGUAAAUGCAAGUACUUUACUGGUGGGGAGCAAGUAUUUGCAGAUUUGAGAAUCAAGGAUGUCAUUACUUGGACAUCAUUUUGCUCGUGCUGUGUCAACUGUGGGCUUCCGAAGGCGGCGCUUCAUGCUUUCCGUGAUAUGGUUGUGGGUGGAGUUAGGCCGAAUUCGAUGACAUUGUCCUCUGUGGUUCCUGCUUGCUCGCGCUUGAAGUAUUUGCAUUCGGGUCGUGAGAUACAUGGUUUUGCUCUCAAGAAUGGGAUGGGAGAGAAUCAGUUUGUGAGUAGUGCUCUGGUCGAUAUGUAUUCGAGUUGCUCGAGUAUCAAGCAAGCUGAAUCAGUGUUUACUAGCAUGCCACAACCUGAUGUUGCGUCGUGGAAUGCUAUUAUGUCAGCGUAUUUUGCAAAUGGUGAGGGUGAGAAAGCACUUGAUACAUUUCAUCGCAUGAGAAGCCGAGGAGUCAAGCUUGAUCGUGUUUCCUGGAACUCAGUCAUUUCUGGCUGUGCUGAUAAUGGAAAAGCAGAAGAAGCGCUUGAGGUGCUUAGAGACAUGCAACGACUAGGGUGCAAACCUAAUCAAAUCACAGUUACAAGCGCAUUAACUGCUUGUACUGUUUUAGAAGCAUGGAGAGGAGGAAAUGAGGUCCAUGGAUAUAUAACUAGACAUUGUUUUACGGAGGAUCUGGCAGCCAGUACCGCUCUAGUGCUAAUAUAUGCCAAGGGUGGCGACGUAGAAGCCUCCAAUCGACUUUUUAGUAUAAUGACAUCGAGGGAUACUGUUGCGUGGAACACAUGUAUUAUUGCAAACUCAAUGCAUGGGAGAGGAGAGAAAGCAUUAUCACUCUUUAAUGAGAUGGUUGGCUCAGGAGUGAAGCCAAACUCUGUUACUUUCACAGGUGUUCUAUCUGGUUGUAGCCAUGCACAGAUGGUAGACGAGGGACUAUCGAUUUUUCAUUCAAUGAUGAAAGACCAUCAAGUUGAACCUGAUGCAGAACACUAUUCUUGCAUGGUUGAUGUUCUCAGUCGCGGUGGUCGCUUAGUUCAGGCCCAUAAUUUCAUUCAACAAAUGCCAGUAGAACCAACUGCAGCCGCCUGGGGUGCUUUGCUUGGAGCAUGCCGGAUAUAUAAGAAUGUUGAACUAGGGCGUGUUGCUGCGCAAAGACUGUUUGAGAUAGAACCAAACAACCCCGGAAAUUAUGUAUUACUCUUCAACAUCCUUGUUACUGCCAAAGAGUGGGGUGAAGCCUCUGAGGUUAGGAGAUUGAUGAGAGACAGAGGAAUCAGGAAAGUGCCUGGUUGCAGCUGGAUUCGAGUAAACAAUAGGGUGCACACAUUUGUUGUUGGUGAUAAAAAUAACGAUAAGAGCGCUGACAUCUAUAAGUUUCUGGAUGAUGUACGUGUGAAAAUGAAAUUAGCAGGAUUAUAUCCUAAUACGGAAUUUGUUCUACAAGAUUUGGAUGGAGAAGAACAGGAGGAUAGUUUGUGUAAUCAUAGUGAAAAGCUGGCUGUUGCUUUUGGGAUACUCAAUUUGAGAGGUGAAUCAUCCAUUAGGGUCUUCAAGAACUUGAGGAUCUGUGGAGAUUGUCAUAACACCAUUAAGUUUAUAGCAAAAUUCAUAGGUAUACAAAUCAUUGUAAGGGAUUCUUUAAGGUUUCACCAUUUUGAAGGGGGCCUAUGUUCCUGUGGAGACUUUUGGUAAAAGAUCAAGUGAAGAGAAGUAGAGAGAUUAGGAGAAGGCAAGAAGUGAGGAGGAGAAUGUACAAAAUACGGUGAAGCUAGCAAAUGCUUCAUAUGUAGUCAUUGUGCAUUAAGCUGGCACAUCUGUUAUGCUGAUGACUGUUGGUGCAGUAGUGUACACGCAUGAUAUGAUGUUUCUCCAACACUGUAAUGGGCUAUUCAGAGUUUAUGCAAUUUACAGAUUCAUCCAAAGGACCUGCAUGAGCUAUAUACUGAUCGGAGCUGCGUGCUCAACCUUGGUUGUGGCUGCUGCCUCACCUUGAGUUGGUGGGAUCAUCGUCAUCACAACACCAGAAGAUGAGAGCGCGGAGGAUGCAGGUAUAUGGUUGCAAUUGACUACUAUGUGUGUCCUUUCGUAUUAUUUCUCUUGGUUGGCAAUUGUGCUACCAAAUAGUGACAGGUUUCAAUCUUUGUAGUCUCUACUUCUUUAUAUUUGAAACUCAGUGUGAUUUAUGUAAGCUGAUAGCAUCACUAUACAGAUUAGAGUGUUCAA